AUGCGUUUCACACAGGAGAAGAUCUGUGUGUACAUGGAGACAUCCUGUGGGAGCUCGGGUGUACCUGUGUGUAUAUGGAGACAUCCUGUGGGAGCUUGGGUGUACCUGUGUGUGCAUGGAGACAUCCUGUGGGAGCUCGGGUGUACCUGUGUGUACAUGGAGACAUCCUGUGGGGGCUCAGGUGUACCUGUGUGUACAUGGAGACAUCCUGUGGGGGUCUCGGGUGUACCUGUGUGUACAUGGAGACAUCCUGUGGGAGCUUGGGUGUACCUGUGUGUGCAUGGAGACAUCCUGUGGGAGCUCAGGUGUACCUGUGUGUACAUGGAGACAUCCUGUGGGGGCUCGGGUGUACCUUGUGUGUACAUGGAGACAUCCUGUGGGGGCUCAGGUCUACCUUGUGAGUACAUGGAGACAUCAUGUGGUGGCUCAGGUGUACCUGUGUGUGUAUGA